ACUCAUAGAUGGUGCUGUAAUCCGUAAAGUCAAUACUGAUAUCCUUCAAAUGACCUUUAUUCGUGUUCAACUCUCUAUUCUGAAUUUUGACAGUUGUGCAGCGGCAGUUGAACAGUGUAUUAUAGUCUAGGGUCAAGAAAAAUUAACAAAAACCACAAUGAGUACCUACUUCCAAUACCCAACCCCUGAAAUCCAGGAGGAGCUGAAGAAGAUAGCGCAGGCUAUUGUGGCUCCAGGCAAGGGUAUUCUUGCUGCUGAUGAAUCUACUGGAACCAUGGGCAAGCGUCUCCAAGACAUUGGAGUGGAGAACACUGAAGAGAACCGUCGUAAAUAUCGUCAGCUGCUCUUCAGCACUGACCCAGCCCUAUCUGAGAACAUCUCUGGAGUGAUCCUCUUCCACGAGACUCUCUACCAGAAGGCCGAUGAUGGCACACCCUUGGUCCAACUGCUGGAAAAGCGCGGAAUCAUCCCCGGAAUCAAGGUCGACAAAGGUGUCGUGCCACUUUUCGGAUCUGAAGAUGAGUGCACCACCCAAGGUUUGGAUGACUUGGCCCAACGUUGCGCUCAAUACAAGAAGGACGGAUGCCACUUUGCCAAGUGGCGUUGCGUUCUGAAGAUCGCGCGUAACUCUCCAUCCUACCAGGCUAUCAUGGAGAAUGCGAAUGUCCUCGCACGUUAUGCCUCCAUCUGUCAGAGCCAGCGUAUCGUUCCUAUUGUGGAGCCAGAGGUGUUACCCGAUGGUGAACAUGACUUGGACCGUGCCCAGAAAGUAACAGAGGUGGUGCUGGCUGCUGUGUACAAGGCUCUCAGCGACCACCAUGUCUUCCUUGAGGGAACACUCCUUAAGCCUAACAUGGUGACAGCUGGACAGAGCUGCAAGAAGCAGUACACUCCAAUGGACAUUGGCCGUGCCACUGUCACUGCUCUACUCAGAACUGUGCCUGCUGCUGUUCCCGGAAUCACAUUCCUCUCUGGUGGCCAGUCUGAAGAAGAGGCGUCAGUUAACUUGAACGCUAUCAACACCGUCGACCUGAAACGCCCAUGGGCGUUAACAUUCAGCUACGGUCGUGCCCUCCAGGCCUCAGUGCUCCGCGCAUGGGCGGGCAAGCCUGAGAACUUAGUAGCCGGACAACAGGAGUUGUUGAAGAGAGCUAAGGGUAACGGUCAAGCAUCACAGGGCAAAUACGUCGCUGGAUCCGUCACAGGUGUGGGCGCCGAGGCUGGUCUUUUCGUAGCAAACCAUGCUUACUAAAUACUAUAGCUAAAAGUAGCAUUCGAACAUAGCCGACGAUACAACACUAAAAUAUUUCCGCCAUUGUGGAUUUAGCAAGUCUUUAAAACGUCACCGUGACAGUUACCGCGCAAAUGACAUUUAGUUUUAUGCACAAAAAUUUAAUAGAAAAAAAAACUUUGAAUUGUAUCGUCGGCUUAUUUUAUGACAUGGCAAUCAAUAAUUAAAUUUUUCACGCCGUAUUUGAUUCCAUAUAACUAAAAUCUUUGUUUCCUUCUAAAAACUAUUAACACGUUUAGAUGGAAAUAUUGAUUAAUUAAAUAUUAUAAAGUUAUUUGCUUAAUUGACAUUGCUAUGUAAGUCCAUAGAGAUUAGAGUAACAGUAUUUACUCGAAUUAUAACCUCGAAAUUAAAAAUUGUCUAUUGUUGUUCCAUAUAAAUUAGAUAAUGUCGUUUUAGAUUGAGAUUGGGCAUCAUUAUGCUUCAUGUAAUGUGACGUUUAAUAUUAUUUACAUUUAAUUUAUAAAUCAUAGAUAAAACGUAAAAUUUUAACAUGGAUACUAUGUAGAUCAAUAGUUUUGUACGAUCAACACAAAUGUAUUUUAUUUGUAUAAAUUAUUUAUUUACACUAUUAUUUUAGUAUUUAAAUGUAUUUUGAUAAUUAAGAGUAAAGUGUAAUGUUCAUU